AUGGCCGACCCGAACAUCCAACAGCCCGUGCAGCAUCGCUCGGCCUGUGCUGAGUGCCAGCGAAGGAAGCAGAAAUGCAACCGUCAGUGGCCUUGCAACCAAUGUCAGAAGCGCAAGGUGGCAUCCAAGUGCGCCUUUUCUCAUUCCGAGUCUUCGUCCGUUGGCGAGAACCGGACCACUGGCUCAACCAGCCAGAAGCGUUCGGCUGAUUUCGAGCAAGAUGACAAGGGCAAUGAUUCCCCGGGAACCGACGAUGAUAUUGACGCCGACGCAUUCAGCAAGAUGGGGUAUCUAGCUGGCUCGCUGGUUUCUGAUCUGCUUAGCAAGACCGUCGGAGUCGUAAGACCUCUAACGAAUGCCCUGCGCUGGAACGCGCACUGGCCGCACUGCCUCAGAGACCGCAGAUGGGUGCGACAAUACCAUUCCACUGGAUCGUGUCGACCUGUGCUGACCUUGUCGCAAUACACAGAUGCACUUGUGCAGAUAUUCUUUAACACAGUUAAUUACCACUACUACAUCAUUUACCCUCCGGUUUUUCUCGAUCAGUAUCAAAAAUGGUGGGACAGUCGGCUCGGAAGCCAGCCUCUGUCCAUCGAAUGGACGGCCCUUCUUGCCAUUAUCUGCUCCGUCACGACGCAACACCUGGACGCCGACACCCGCGCCAAGAUUGAGAUGGAGAUGGGCGACUCGGUCGACAACCUCACGGUGGCUUAUCUUGAUUUAACCCGCAAUCUGUCCACGGCAAUCCCCAUAGGCAGUUACCACAUCCUCAACAUUCAGCGUAUGCUGCACACAAUCUAUUGGUUCAAGUCGGAAGCUCGAUUCCCAGAGGCAUACCUCCUCAUCUCAGAGGCCGUGGGUGAGGCCACAGAGCUAGGUCUCCAUAUCGAAUCACGAGCGGCAGGCCUUCCCGAAUUCGACCGCGAGGUGCGCCGACGUGUCUGGUGUGUGCUGGACACGCAAUUCGCCUCGGGCCUCGCACGACCAACGCUGAUUGACCAUGGAACCUCGAGUGUGGCACAGCCGACCCUUUCCUUGGAGGAAUUCACCCCUUCGCCGCUUCUACACAUGAAGCUUCAGUCAGAAGCAAUCGCGCUGUUGGCUUCCCGGUUCCAGGCGCCAAAGAAUGUCGUAACCCCCAAGGAUAUUCAGGAGUACAAGGGGAUCCUCGAGACCUGGAUUCGCAACUUCCCACCCAUUUUUUCAACCACCAAUCCAGACGAAUCCAAAGACUAUGGGAGCGCAUGGAUCACACACCAUAGAUUCUAUCUCCACACAAUGGCGUACCUUAUGAUUCUGAACCCUAUCCGGCGGUACCUGGCCCAGUCCUUCUCGCCGGAGACCCCACAAGAGGAGCGUGCAAUUCGACAAUUCGGCGUUGAUUACUCUCUUCUCAACUUGGAGACUACUACAGAAUGGGCCAAGAUUGCGUCCCAUCGUGAUGGCCGGUUCCACUUCAUCAUCUUUUCCCUCUUUGACACUGUCGCUGUCUUGUCGGCGGCGAUUCUUAACGACAAGGAUAACUCCAUCCCGAGAAGAACCGAGAUCAUUGACGCGAUCGACGAAGCUCUCAUCACGCUCAAAAAGAUCUACAGCCUAUCAAAGACCGCGAAGCAAUCCUAUGAUAUUCUGUCCCAGCUCGUUCGACGAAUUCCCCGCAGACGCUCCGUUCAAUCUAAACGAAAGAAGUUCGGAGAGGUUCCCAAAUUCGUGGCUGGCCAGGCUUAUGGCGCGCCAGUCCUGAUCCAAGACCCUACGGCGUACCUGAAGCCGUCCUCCCUAAGCUCAGACACGACCACCAGCCCACCAAGCCAUUCCUCCAGCAGCGAGAGCGCUGAAAGCGGCUCCACUCCGCAAAGCAAUCGCCUUCCUACUCCCGAGUACCAGCCAGCCUUCUUGGAGCCCCAGGUGCAGGAGUCUCUCACGCCCCCGUACCCCACGGUGCAGCAACCCUGCAACAUGGACGCUCAUUUUGCGGCUCAACAUCCGCAGACAUUGGGACCAUCUCAGCCAGUCCUAUAUUUGAACCCUGCUCAUGUCUCCCCAGCGGCGCUACAAGGCAACAAUCCACAGCGACCUGUUGAUACAUUUACAGGCAUUCCGGCAGCUGAUGGCCACAUCCAGCCGAUGCCCUUCGGGCCCAUCAAUGACGCUGUAAUGGGCGACUUCUCAAUGAUGUGGAACUGGAGGAGCCUGAACCUUUCAUUCAUCUCCUCCCAGAUCCCACCACCAGGACAGACCAAUUAA